AUGGAACCUCCUUCUAAGCAAUCCCAUGAUCCUCUGCUGCUCAAUACCAUUGAACCCGAUAUCCCCUCUACUCUUCUAUCAAAUAAGCAGCUUCAUUCCGCUUUCUUGGAACUUCAAAGACUUUUGGUCCUCGUCCUAGUAGCAUCAAUUGAAGCCUUACUUGUCCUACAAUACAAGGAACCCAUUUUCCAUUUCAUUUAUCUUUUUUGUCUUAUCAUUUUCUUCAUCCUCAACCACUGCUUCUCCAAUUCUGGUCAAGUCUAUUUGGUAGACUUCUCCUGUUUGAAGCCACCAAGCUCAUGCAAAGUCCCCUUCUCUACCUUUCUUGGGAAUGCCUCCAAGAUUGAAUCUUUUGAUGCUCAAAGUCUAGCUUUCAUGGCCAAAGUCCUUACUUCUUCAGGACAAGGCCAAGAAACCUAUCUCCCACCAGCCUUGCAUCACAUUCCACCAAAAUCCCAUCACCAAGAAUCCAUCAAAGAAGUUCAUAUGGUGCUCUUCCCCAUCAUGGAUGACCUGUUGGCCAAAACUAAACUCUCUCCCCAAGAAAUUGACAUUCUGAUAGUGAACUGUAGUGGUUUCUGUCCCUCUCCUUCUAUCUGCUCCAUUCUCAUCAACAAAUACUCAAUGAGAAGUGACAUCAAGAGCUACAAUCUCUCUGGCAUGGGGUGUAGUGCAAGUGCUCUAGCCAUUGAUUUAGCUCAAAAUCUUCUACAAGUUCACUACAACUCCUAUGCCAUUGUUCUUAGCACAGAAAUUUUAUCAACAGGUUGGUAUGCAGGGCAUGAGCAGCCCAAGUUGAUCCUUAACUGCCUCUUCCGAAUGGGCAGUGCAGCAAUCUUGCUUACAAACAAAAAACAAGAUAUGAAGUCUUCAAAAUAUCAACUUUUCCGGACAUUAAGAACCCAGAAAGCCUUUGAUGACAGAGCUUAUCUUUCAACCAUACGUGAAGAGGACUCAAAUGGAAAACUUGGCGUGGCUGGGGAGAUCCUCCGUUGGAACGUGACCGUUCUCGGCUCCUCAAUCUUGCCAUUUUCGGAGAAAUUUAGGCACGGGGUUUCGAGAAUCCGUAAGAGGUUCAUUGACAAGUCUGCUGAGAUUUACGUGCCGAAUUUCAAGAGUGCGAUAGAGCAUUUUUGUUUGCCGACGUCGGGGAGGCAGUUGGUUAAGGAAUUGGCGAAAGGGUUGAAGCUUGGUGAUGGGGAGAUGGAGGCUGCUUUGAUGACGUUGCACAGGUUUGGGAACCAGUCAUCUUCUUCACUGUGGUAUGAACUUGCAUACUUGGAGGCCAAACAAAGACUGAAGAAAGGUGACAAGGUUUGGCAGCUUGGAAUGGGGACUGGCCCAAAAUGUACUAGCUUGGUCUGGAAAUGUAUAAGGCCCAUAGAUGAUGAUGAGGCCAUGAAGGGCCCAUGGGCCGACAGUAUCCAUCGGUAUCCAAUUGUAGCCGUUGGUCAAUGA